AACGUUGAAAGGGUUAAACGGACCGGCUCAUCGCAUCGCUGCCUGUGGGGAUUUCCACCCAAAUUAGACUCCAGUCUCCACUCCGGCGCCCCGUCACCGGAGCUCCGCCCGCCAGCCGCCGCCCGCCGCGCCCGCAUUCUCCUCGCCGCCGGCAUGGAGGCACUUCUUAUGAACCACAAUCGUGCUCUCAAGGUGGCUCGGGACACCCACCCGCACCCUGAAACCCUGGGACGCCUCCAGCGGGUGCUGAUGGGCGCCGUGGCGCAUUGUCUCUCCGAUGACAUGGAGUUGCUCAUAAGGGAGUUGGACGACUUCCUUGCCAGAUUCAGCAAGAUCACCAGGAAGAUGGACAACAUCAGGGUUCGCAUCCAGGCCACGCGCAGCCCUAAAGGACGCCGCUGCGGCAUCUCCCCCGCUUCCCAGCUCUCUGGCCUUUAUGGAAAUGAUCUGUUCCGCGCGCUGAUGGGCGUGCAGCUGCCCGUGGCCACACCUGCGAAGCUCUGCCUGGAGGUCGCCCUCGCCGCACAGAGCCUCAUCGCGCAUGACCAGCUCGACAUUUUCAUCAACCACUUUGAGAAGAUUGUCUUCGGGGCCGACACUACGACGAUCAGUGAGUACAACAUCAUGGCCUUCAACGACCACAGGAAAACCUUGGAGAAGUUCGUUCAAGAGCACAUUGACCUCGCCAAUGCCGCUGCCACAUGACAUCCACUUACCGGCCCAGCAGAGUAAAAGCUCGAUUGCCAUAAUCAACCUAGCUAGCUGCAAAGACGAAGGAGGAUUGUUGAUGUAUCCUUAGUUGGCUUCCUUGUGUAGUUUGCUACAUCAUCGUUGUCGAGCCAAGAACAACUACUUAUGUAUGUAUUACGCUACUUGUCAGCGAUCGAGUCUAUCUUAACUCUUGAGUAGUAGCAAUAGUUGCUAUCAAGCUGUGCCCUGUGCGCUUGCUCUCUAUAACUAAUUUUGUACUACGUAAUUUGUUUGGCACCAAGUUCUGUUAGUAAUAAUAUGAAUGUUACUUU